AUGGGAAGAGGCAAGAGGAGGAGGAGGAGGAGGGUUGGGUUGAGGAUAAAAGGAUGCACUGAAUCAGGCAAAGUGGAGGGAGGGGGUAAGGGUGAUUGCUGCGAGUGUGAGAGUCCGGACUACUGGGUGCAAGUUCACAGUUUAGCGAGUCAGAACGAGGGCGGUAUACUUGAUAUUGAUGAUGUUGUCUCAGACGUAGCUGAUGACCGUGAAAAGUUGACCGCCCAUUUCGAGGAGCAAGAUCCGAACCGAGCGCAAGUGGUCAGCAACCACCUCUUGGGGGAUGGCACCAGCACCUGCGCCAGCUCGGUAGGCACCGCCAGCCCCAUCAACUUCUCCGAUAUGAACCACAUCAACAACAGCAACAACAAGAUCCACCACAUGCACCACAGCCACCACCACAACAACCUUCACAUGAACGGUACACUGGAAGAGGACAAUGAGAUGGAUGUCGUGGUGACUGGGGAGGAAUCAGGUUCUAAAUUGGUGGUGAGGAGAGGGAGUGAUCCUGUCAUAACGAGUAUGUUAUCCAAAUCAGAUGUCAACGGUGAGAACACGGUCAUGGACAAGAAUGCCAAUACUUUACCUGCUAAGGUAUGUUACUUGAUAUUUUCUUUUAUUAAAGGAUGAUAACAAUAUAUAUAUAGCAUUUAUGAGGCACCGGUUAUCUAGUUGCCUAUCAGUGACGCUCUCUAUACUACCCUGGCUUGAGCUGCUAAAGUUGCUUGGUGCUUUCAAGGAUUUAAUCCUGCUGGGGACUUUUUCACCUCACCUGGGUUGAGAGCAGCACAAUAUGGAUCAAUUUUGUUGCUGAAGAAAAUUAUGCCAUGGCUGGGUUUCGAUUUUGUGACCCAAAGGCAAAAACCUUCGGAACACAUUGCUCCACAUUUGGUAGCAAGCAACAACAACAACAGAAAGAAAGAAAGAAGAUGAUCCGGGCAAAAAGAGAAUGAAGAUAAGGGCAAACUAACACUUACGAGGCAAGGUAUACAUGUUGACCUCUGUAGCUCUCUUAAAAUAAAGAUGAGGAAAGAUAUAUAUCGAGGACAUCCAGCUUGCCGAGGAAGUGAUAGUAUAAUGAUGUUAUAGGCUGAGUCCACCCCCAGGGCUUGUGAUAACCCGAGGUGGUGAUGGCGAUCGUUCUGGGCAUCCACCUUAACUGCCCAGUCGCCUUAAUACUGACACUGGUUCAACAUCGAAAAAAAAAUCCAUUCCCUCCUGAGGGCAGCUAACAGUGAUGGUCCGUCCACCUUAAUAGGAAGUUGAUUUGAAAAAAAAAAAUAUAAUGCUGAGUUUUUAUAACAAUGUGGACCGUUUCAUAAAGAGUUGCCAUGGUAAUGGGGGCUCAGUAGCCAAUCAAAAUUGUAGUUGCGAUAAUGAAAAAAUUACAAAAGUUGUAAAUCCUUUAUGAAACGGAGGGGAGGGCAGAUGUGAAAUGAGACAGUUAUGACAUCAUAAGUUUCACUUCAUUUCACUAAAAUAGUCAUAAAAAUAUGCACAACAUUGAUGAUGAUAAUUUAUGAGAAAGCUGAUGAUGUCACUCACUCACCAUAACCCUCUUUUAAAACAAGGCAUUUUUUUCUGAUAUUACACCAUUUCAUCAUAUAUAAUGGUGUGUUGGCUCAGUUGGUAGAGCUUUUGUCUCAUGACUGGGAAGGUCGAGAGUUCAAGCCCCAGCUGUGUCAGACCAAACGACUUGAAAAGAUAGGAGUUGCUGCUUCCCUGUUUGGCAUUCAGCAAUUCAAGGGAUAGAGCCUUGUCGAUUUGGCGCUGCACAGUGGUCCACAAUCAAUGAGGCAAAAAGAUGUUUCGGAGCAUUUCUUUUUUCAGAUUUUCAUUGAGAACAAUAUAAUAUGGAUUUUCAUUUCAUUUUCAUGUCUGAAAUGCCAAAUGCUUCAAUUUUAGUCAAAUUUAUUGUGAGACAGCUCUUGAUUGAGUUGUAACAUGUUACAAUAAUAAUGAUUGCAUGUGGUCAAGGUGGGAUCAAUUUGUCUUUACUGCCUCUGCCAUUGGAAGUCUAAAAGAAAGCCAUACUAUACAUGUACAGGGAUAUAUUUGACAUUGCACUGUAGUACACAACAUGUUUGUACAUAUAUGCAGCUUUUUUGUAGCUGGGACGGGACUUGAGAAAUCAAUAUUAUGAAUUACAACUAGCAAACAAGCAGCUCAGUUGAUUUAAGAACCCCCCAGUGGCUCGAGGGCUUGAUAAAUUACAUUUUAAUAUCCCUUAAUUUGUAAGGCAAUUGUGGACGCGGCCUCAAUGCCUGAUUGUAAAUGCAGAGUACGGUGUCAGAUGCUAAAUGAUGCUUCCUGCAGAGUGCCAUUCAUUCUGAAGGUGCGAUUUGAACGAUGGCAUUUGAAUUAUGGAUUUUUAUUCAUGCCUUCAUCCCUAAUUCAUUCAUUCAUUCAUUUCCAAUCGCAAUGAUGGAAUUAUAAUUGCAAUAAGGAGAUGAAACAUGUGAUGCCUGUAUGUGAGUACCCUAUUAGUCAAACAUGUAGAAAGAGCCUGUAAAGUCAGUCUAGUCAAUGUAAAGUGGGGUAGCUUUAAUAUGAUAACCGUCAUUUAUGUUAUAGAUAUUUAAAGAUCUUUGAUUGACCAUCAAUGUAUUUUCAUGAGUCAAUAUGUAUUGUAGGUCUACAUAAUUAAAUAAAAAUGUAAUUUGCCUUUUAUAUAGAAAAGGAAAUAUUUUGUGAUUUUUGAUGUUUGAAAGUGUUUGGAAGACUGUUCAAGGUCAUUUGCCUGUAUUAAAGCUGAAGAUACUGAAAUGACAGACAUGCUUGACUCAUUCACAAUUUUUUUUCAUGCACAAAUUUUCAGCUUAAUUCAUAUGUUACAUCAUUAACACAUCCUAAUCAUUAUUAUAUUAUUUAAAUCACCCCUACCAUUAUCAUUUAAUUCUGAAGACU